CCCAAAAUAAAUGUUUUUAUAGUUGUUGAACAGAAACGAUGAUGAUUAGUGCUAAAUGCAAGUACGAUAACGACCUAAUCCGUCAUUUCCUUUAUGGGCAGAGCGUGCUAAACCACGUGUCCAUGUUUACAAAAUCAUAACUGAGGACUGAUCGAGACAUGUAAGGUGUAAUUAUACACGAGUUUUUUUUCAACAGAGAGAGAGAGACGUAGACUGGGGUGACUAAAAAAAAAACAGCGAGCCACAACAACAACAAUGCGGUACGGUGAGAAUGAGUUGGCACGAAUGGCAUACAAUGCCAACAAUCCCGUCAUGCAGGGGAAGUUGUUCUACAAAGGGAUACAGCAGGGAAAGCUACGUCCCGUUAGAGAACAGCUACAAGGACAGGCUUACAGGGAACGAGAGUUCAGGUUACAGGGAAACUUCUUGUUUUAUUACAAAGUCAACGAUGACAAGCGAGCUCUCGAGCCGCUCGGAGCGCUGUGUUUGGAGCGUUACUCUGUGCAGAGAGAGAUAAAUGCCGACAAAGGAUUCCUCUUCUCAAUCGCAUUUCAAGAUGACCGUGACAAGAAGCACUACUUCCUAGCUUCAUCGGGUCAGCUGUGUGACCAAUGGGUGUCGGCCAUUCGAGUUGCAAGCUACGAACAACUCAAAGCUACCCUAAUUAUGCUUCAUCAUAAAAUCAAGAGAUUAAAAGAAAUGGAAAAGCCCAAAGAAAACACACCUAAGCAACAGCAGCAGGUGAAGCCAAGCACAGCACCAUCGAGGGCCCCGCUGCCACGGCCUAAACAACCACCACAACCCAGGAGAACUGCUCCACCACCACCUGCAGCCAAAGGUGCUGCAGCCGCGUGCAGCAGUACUCAAGAAACAGCGGCUGAAGGACUGCUUCUAGACUUCUCUUAACCCUUUCUACACGUAUGAGCAGUUAGGAGACCUGACUCAAGUCCAUAAUAACCCUACAACCAAUCUCUUUCCCAGGGGUGAUCGAUCUCAUUUGCCAUUUUUUCCCAGCAUGCCUUGCUCGAUCAUAACCCCUGGAAG